AAGUCCCGUUGCUUUAGGUGGUACAUGUACAUCUACGCCUUCAGCCAGUUCAGGACGCUUGCGUUCCCGCGGAUGCGAAAGUCAGUCUAAAGACCCUGACGCGAACCCCAUUCAUUUCUUACCCUAUAACAUUGAUUUCCCAUUGGAGCGGUCUGCUGCUUUCAUCUCUGCUAUUGCCACGAGCUUAUCAUAAGUUAUCUGUCAGCGGUUCUGCCAUCACGUGAAGUAUGUCACUGAUCUUUACGGAUCUUGUCACAAGUCGUGGCCCUAUCGUCGCAGCUCCCAAAGGUGCUGUUCGCGACUUGAUGGGCAAUUGUGUAGAUGGACUUUGGGCCACACAAUCAGGCUCUUCCCACAUACCUUAGACGUCGCUAGUAUUAUGUCACUAUCUAUGAGUAUGGUUCAAGGCUGUUUAGUUCGGCGGCUAGCGCCUGGGAAGUUGCCAGCGGCGUCAUCAAAAGGCGUCCUGGAGUACGGAUAGUUUAGCACCAAGUCGUGAUGGUUCGUGUGCGAUGCGCGUGUUGACAGCGAGAAGAUGGUUCAUUGUCACAGUGCAAUGAAUCCAUCUCCCAACAAAUAUGGGGCCGGGUCAAUUCAUUUUAUAGCGUGAUAGAGCAAUAUGCAAUGCGACCUGCUGAAACGGUGAUGUGUCCGUGAUCAAUCAGAGCAGCACCACGCAAGAGGUCACCGGGUCACCCCAAUCAGAAACCCCUACUCGCAGAAAGCAGUCUACCAUGGAAAUAUCCAGCUCGGAGCGGUGAAUAUUUUCAGACUGAAUCGCUGUUGGAGAGGACGCACAAGCUCGUCGCCUGUCGUCAGUGAGCGUGGAAGAAGCUGUAAGUUAGACCACUAAGCUCUAUACUUCGACCAACCUGGAAGUCCUCUCGACAGCAUCAUGAAGGUCGCGCUCCAGCUCCUGUUGGUGUUCACGUUUGGUCAUUGGCACACUCAUGCGCAAGAUGGGUCAUGCUGCUGCUUGGAGAGACCGCGGAAUGGAGGGAAAAUCGGCGACCAGGCUACACUCGGCAGUAUUGUUCAGUAUGAGUGUGAUGAUGGCUAUGAGCUGGUUGGGAGUGCCCAGAGGCAAUGCCAGGCUGACGGCACUUGGACUGGUGAUGCUGCUUUCUGCUUGUUGUUGUCAUGUCCGGCACCUGGUCGGAUUGACAAUGGCGGGUACACGGCUACUGGCCUCACUGUCGGUAGCGAGGUCAACUUUUUCUGCAACACUGGACACCAGCUUGCGGGCUCCAGGGUCCUGGGCUGCACGAGUGAUGGCACGUGGGAUGAGCCGCUGCCAUCUUGUAUAGUUGUGGACUGCGGCAAUCCCAGUCACCCAGAAAACGGUGGACGUGAAGGCGAUGUGUUCACAUAUACGAACCAUGUCACAUUUUCGUGUGGUGAGGGAUACCGUCUUCUGGGCUCAGCCGUGAGGUUCUGUCUUGCCGAUGGCACCUGGUCAGGAGAGCCGGCCGUUUGCAAUUUGGGUAGCUGUGGCGAUCCCGGUACACCGGUAUCUGGUACCCGAACAAUGAGUGGCACAACUGUUGGUGAUACGGUUGACUGGCAUUGUGAUCAAGGACACGGGAUGGUGGGUAAUCCCGCUGCUGAGUGCCAGGCAAGCGGCCGAUGGUCACGUCCGACACCGACUUGUAACCGUGUUACUUGCUUGCACCCCGGAAGUCCUGUGAACGGAGAGCGCAUCGGUGAUGACUUCAAUGCUGGCUCCUUCGUUAGCUUCAUGUGUAACACUGGAUACAUGCUGCAGGGUUCUUCCAGCUUGGACUGUCUGACCACUGGACUCUGGAGUGGCACUGCUCCAGUUUGCCGAGCACUGACAUGUGCCGAUCCUGGCAGACCAGAGAACGGCUAUCGCAACAUGGACGGCAACACACUGAACUCAAUGACUCACUUUGAGUGCAACCCUGGCUAUUCUCUCAACGGUCCACCAAGAAGAGCCUGCUUGCCUCCUUCACCGGGAGCUUCUGUGCUGCAAUGGGACGAGAGAGUGCCAGAAUGUCUCCCCACGAAGUGUGUCGAUCCCGGCACACCACUGAACGGUCUUCGGCGAGGUGAUAACAUCACGUUUGGAAGUCUCAUCCGCUUCAGUUGUGACAGUGGAUUCUCUCUGGACGGUGCGGCCGCACUGAUUUGCCUGUACAGCGGUGAAUGGUCACAGCCACUGCCUAUCUGUGAACCUGUCCGCUGUCCAGCUCCAGCUGAAAUUCCGAAUGGCAUAGCUCUCUUCUCCGCGGUCAGGUAUGAAGCUAUCCUCACUUACAUAUGUAACCCCGGAUACAAUCUUGAAGGACAGGCAAGUGCUGCAUGCCAGGCUGAUGGACGGUGGAGCUUCUCAUCACCUAAGUGCACUCAGAUCACCUGUCCAGUUCCCAGUGCACCUGCCAAUGGAGACUAUGAAGUGUCUGGCUUGCUCUAUCAGGACACCGCUAUGUACUCGUGCGAUGCAGGAUACGAGAUGCAAAACCGUCCGGACGCCAUCGUCACGUGCAGGGCAAACGGGGAAUGGUCGCAUCCUGAGCCGACAUGCGAGAGCACUGCCUGUCCAGACCCUGGUGCACCUGCCAAUGGUCAAAGACUGAUUGACGAUCCGCAACUAGGCGGCUCGAUCACGUUCAGUUGCGACGAGGGCUACCGGCUGGCGGGCAUUGAGAAAGCGAUCUGCCUGCCCAACCGUCGAUGGUCUUCAUCCGUACCCACUUGUGAAUCCCAAGAGUGUCCGAUGGUGCCUGCGCCUCUCAACGGAAAUAUGAACAUGACCAGUAUCCAGUUCCUGGGCGAGGUGCAGUUUGCCUGUGAUGCGGGCUUCGCUCUGGUCGGUACUCCAACUCUCACAUGCUUGUCUUCAGGAGAGUGGUCUGGUGGAGUGCCAGUAUGUGAGGAGAUGCUGUGCCUUGAUCCUGGCCAGAUACUGAAUGGCCAACAAGUUGCAACAGACUUCAGUGUUGGCGGCCAAGUUGAAUAUCAGUGCGACAUGGGGUUCACAAUGAACGGACCAUCUGUGCUCACAUGCAAGGAAGGAGCAUCUCCUGAGUGGGAUCUGCCCAAACCCACUUGCGACCCAGACUGUCUGUUCGGCAACUGGACAGUUUGGGAGCAGUGCAGCGCUACAUGUGGCAGCGGCACACAGGCGCGUAUCCGAACAAUUCUUCAAGUGCCGGAUGGUGCUGGCAAGGCAUGCGGCCAGAUGACCGACACACGGUCCUGCAACACCCACUCGUGCGCUAUAACUUGUGACGGACAGUACGAAGAGGAUGAGACAGUCUGCAGGGUGAGACAAGUCGGCUUGACACCGGUGACUGAUGUCCUUGUGGUGGUCGACGAGUCACGCAGUAUGGAGUUUGAGCAUGCCUGGCUACCAGGAAUGCUCAGGUCCCUGGAAGACUCGCUGACUGCCAGCGGUAUCGGACAAGGAACCAGUGAUCGCUCACAGCGCAACUUGUACGCAUUGGUGGGCUUUGGAAAAGCGCCUGACGCUACCGCACAUGUCCAUCAAUCUGACUGCGCAAGCCCCAACGGCGACCUCUUCCCAAUAGAAUGCUAUCCAUCGGCAAAUUCAAAACUUGAAGCUGAUCCCCGGGGUAGCAUUGAGGACGGCUAUGAAGCCAUUCAGCAUGCCCUGCAGAACAUCCCUUGGCGCCGAGGGCCGGGAGUGGCUCACAACAUGAUCUUCAUCAGCGACGAAGAUCGCGAUGCGGUUGCCUCCACUUCAAGAGCCGACAUAAAGCAGCUCUUGCAGGACAAUGGAUUUGUCUUGAAUGUAGUCAUAGACAACGAGUUUUUUGAUAGCAAUGGCGAUAAUCUACUUGGAAUGGCUCACACCGGAGCUGGGUUCAGAGGCCAGCCAAAUGGCGUCUUCACGGAAGUGUCUGAUGUAACCGUUGGUAACGGAUAUGCCAAGACCAAGGUCGACUACACGAACUUGGCGCUGGAGCUGAGUGGUGCCAGUUGGGAUAUCAACAUCCUAAGAAGUGGAAUUCAAUCGGCGUCGUUCACCGCCGCCUUCACCAGCGUCAAGACCAUGGAAAUCCAGCGGCAGACCGACAAGCCAUACGUGUGUACCUGCACCGCCAACGCCACAUCGCCGAGCGGGGGAAUGAUGUCCUGUAGGGAGAUGACCAGCAUGGAGGCAUGUCGCUGUGUGGCCAAUGGUGGCGUGUUUAACGAAGCCACUCAGCAAUGCGAUGGUCUAUGCCAGCCCGGAGCUCGAUCGGGUCGUUUGGUUGAACACAAGAGUGCUGCUGCUGUGGACGCAGUGCUUGUAGUCGAUCAGUCAAGAAGCAUGGGAGAUGAAAUUGAGUGGCUGAAGACUCUUAUUCCAAUCCUGAACAGCAACCUGUUAACAGCCGACAUAGGCAGCUCACCAGCCUGUCCAAACCGAUUUGCGGUUGUCGGCUUCGCCCGCCGUAGUCCGAAUGAAACUGCAUCCCUGUACAGAUCUGCGUCCGGUUCUUCCCUCUUCUCCAUUCGGGAGUACCCGGCAGCAGUGGCAUUGCUGUCCGAGGAUGCACAAGGACGAGUCGAAGACGGUUACCAGGCUAUGGACUACGCCCUGGAGAAUAUACCGCUGAGGAGCACAACAGCAGAUUGUGCCGUGGCGCGUACCAUGUUCCUGCUGACGGAUGAGGAUAGAGAUGCAGGUCGGCUUGGCAGAGACAUCACCAUCUCUAGUAUAAGAAGCAAGCUGAGCACAUAUCAAGUACAGCUGAAUGUCAUUGUGGACAGUAUUUUCACUGUGGACGGAGCCCAGGGCGUCGGCAGAACGGACAGUGUUGGUUUCCGGCAGUCUGGCGAUCCAAACCAGUGCAACGUCUUGUCACGAUCCGUGCGGACACGCUUUGCGUACGGUAAUACGAAUCGUACCUACAUCGACCUGGCGCUGCGACUUGGCGGCGGCGCAUGGGACAUCAAUUUACUGCGCAACGCCUCACUGCGUGACACCAUGACGUGCAGUAUAGUCAACUUGCAAGUGGCCGAGAUCCCGUCCCAGCUACAGGUCUGUGAGAUCUGCAGCUGUUCCGUGGAUCAUGAUGAGGUGUGCCAGCCUGCUACAUCUCAGGCGCAGAGCGACGAGUGUUAUUGCCGCUAUGCUGGAGGAACGUGGGUGAAUGGUGUCUGCGUGGACCUCCAAGCUGGCAAGUGACUCAGUGAACACAGACAUAGUACGUACGAUGCUGAACUUAGUAGACUUGGAACUUGAAACAAUCCAGGCCAAACAUUACCCGUAUAAUUGUAUUAUCACAAGUACUGUGCAGCCUUACACCCACGUAGCUAUCCGACUGCAAUCAUGAUUUGCCUACUGAUACGGCAACAAUAACGGACAAUAUGCUUAUCUGUACUGAUAUUGAUUCAAUAAGAAUUCUACAAACUUUGAACAGAGGCCGUGAUCGACGAUACAAUAUUAAAUUCAUUCAACUGUGUAAAUCCUAGUUAUCGGGUGAACACCAAUUAUGGAACAAGUUCUUUGAAGACGGCUUAACAAUUGAAAUGGUUACUUUGAGCUCCAA